GAGGAGGAGAGAGGAGAGGAGAGGAGAGGAGGACCUGCACAGCUGAUCGAGUCCUUGUGUUUGGGAUAUAAAGGGACACACCAUGUCGGUCAGGACUGGCUUUUAUAGGCAGGAGUUGAACAAAACGCUUUGGGAAGUGCCCGACAGGUACCAGAACCUGACCCCGGUUGGAUCGGGCGCUUACGGGUCCGUGUGCUCUGCUUAUGAUACCCGAACACGGCAGAAGGUGGCUAUCAAAAAGCUCUCAAGACCAUUUCAGUCUCUGAUUCACGGACGGAGGACAUACAGGGAGCUGAGGCUGUUGAAACAUAUGAAACAUGAAAAUGUCAUUGGACUUUUAGAUGUCUUCACGCCAGCUACUUCACUGGAGAACUUCCAUGAGGUGUACCUGGUGACAAAUCUAAUGGGAGCAGAUUUGAAUAAUAUUGUCAAAUGUCAGAAGUUGACAGAUGAUCAUGUGCAGUUUCUAGCGUAUCAGCUACUCAGGGGACUUAAGUACAUCCAUUCAGCUGGUAUCAUACACAGGGACCUGAAACCAAGCAACUUAGCAGUAAAUGAGGACUGUGAGCUACGGAUUCUAGAUUUCGGGCUGGCACGACAGACUGAUGAUGAAAUGACUGGUUAUGUAGCAACACGAUGGUAUCGGGCUCCAGAGAUAAUGUUAAAUUGGAUGCACUACAAUCAGACAGUUGACAUUUGGUCCGUUGGAUGCAUUAUGGCAGAGUUGUUGAAAGGAAAGGCACUUUUCCCAGGAACCGAUUAUAUAGAUCAAUUGAAACGAAUAAUGGAGGUGGUUGGAACGCCUUGUUCUGAGUUGCUAAAGAAGAUAUCAUCUGAGCAUGCUAGGAAGUACAUUGAGUCUUUACCGUACCUGCCUCAACGAGACUUGAAAGAACUGUUCAUUGGUGCCAAUCCUCUAGCUAUCGAUCUGCUUGAGAAGAUGCUUAUACUAGACACUGAUAAGAGAAUAACUGCAACAGACGCUCUGGCUCACCCAUACUUUGCUCAGUAUCAUGACCCCGAUGAUGAACCAGAAGCAGAGCCAUAUGAUGAGUCAGUGGAGAAUAAGGAACAGACAAUAGAGGAGUGGAAAGAACUUACAUACGAGGAAGUAAUCAGCUUUGAGUUGCCUCAGUGUACAAUGGACAACAUGGAGAUGGAACCCUGAGAACAUCCCCUGAGCAUCAACACCGCAGUGGAAGAUUAAAAAUAACACCAGUUUUCAACUGCAUGUUGGUACAUGACAACCCACAGCCUAACAUUUUCACAUACUAUAAUUCCAUCCUUGUUUCACUGCAGUUCGGAACACCUUGGACCCCUUUGGAUCCCCAGCUGACCUAUACCAAUCACACCAAAAAAUACUGAAUGUUUCUUUUGUUUUAAUUCUCUUUCGUUUCUCUGUAUUUUUGCAUGAUUUCUGUCCUCUAAACAAUUAAUAAACCGAAUGUGUGUGGCAUUCACGUUCACUAUCUCAAUG